AUGAGUAGAAACCAUGAUGUAUCAAUCAAGAAUUUGGAGACAUGGAUUGGUCAAUUAUCCAAACAAAUAAAUGCUUUGCCAAGCUCAAGUGGAGGAUUCACCGGUAGCACCGUUGAUAAUCCUAAGAAUGAAACAUGCAAGGUUGUGGAAACGGAUUUUGGGGUAGUUACUAAAGAGGGUGAAGCUGAAAGAGUUAAAGAGGGUGGCAUUAAGAAAAAGGAAGGUAGGCUUGAAAAGGAGGAUAGUGGAAAUCAAUGUGACAAAGAGGAAAGAGGAUUCACCAAUUACAUAAAAUCACCAUAUCCCAUCAUUACGAAGAAACGGGUACAUGAGGAUGAGGCUGGAAUGUUUGAAAAAUUUAAAGAAGUGUUGACACAGCUUCAUGUAUUACAGAAAGGUGGAAAGUUGAAGUUGACUCAAGAACGGGUCAACAUGACAGAGAAAAAGUUGAUGGCGGAAUCGGAGGAAGUGCCACCAAAGAUGAAGGAUCCAAGGGAGUUAAACAUCACUUUCACUAUUGGUGGGUUGAAAAUCUCACAUGAUUUAUUUGACUUAGGAUCGAGCAUCAAUGUCAUGUCGAUGAGAAAACUUAAGGAAUUGAAGAUAGGAGAUAUCAUACUGCGUAACAUGACACUCAUUUUAUUCAAUUCUUCUGUGACACAUCCGCUUGGUAUUAUACAAGAUGUGCUAGUUAAUGUCGAUGGUUUGACCUUCCCUGCAGACUUUGUGGUGACCAACAUGAAAAAUGAUUCAGAAGGGUCAGUAAUUCUCGGGCGCCUAUUCUUGGCAACCGGGAAGGCAAAAAUAGAUGUGGAGAUAGUUGAAUUGAUUUUGAAGUUCAAUAAGGAAAAGGUGGUGUUUAAUGCAUAUGAGUGA